UGGAACUGCUCCAAAGGACUCCGGUCACAUAUUAAGUUCCGUGGAACGAAUCCACCAGUUCCGUACUAGUCCUAGCUGUAACUGUUUUACUUUAACUGGGAGGUUUUUAUUUGUUGUUGGUUAUAAAAUGCCUUUUAAAAAAAUAUAUAAUUUCUAUUAAUUUUCUAUGGAAGUUCUUUACAAAAUCACAAUGCUACACUCUUCUGUUUAUCUCAUAAUGAAAUGGAGCUAAUGUUCCUCUUAUUCAAUUUAGCAUUGUUUUCAUUAUUUAAACCUGUUGUGAAAUGUCAUAUUGGAAAUAACAGUCAUUCUCACAGUAACAUUCAUAAGUGUGGAGAUUCAGGACAACAUAUUGAAGUCACUUUUUCUACAAGAAUAGUUGCAAAUGAAUACAUUGUCACAUUUAAUGGAUAUUAUAGAAAAAAAAUUAGGAAGGCUUUCAUUGCUGCAGCAUUGAAUAAUAGUGAUAUAGAUUCAUGGCACAUUGUUGAAAGAAAUAAUCUUGCCAGUGAUUAUCCCAGUGAUUUUGAUGUUGUUAUUGUUGAAGAAGGAACCAGAACUAAUUGUUUAGCUAAACUGAAAGCUUUUCCAUCAGUUAAACGAGUUACCCCUCAGCGUUUAGUUAUAAGAAAUUUAAAAUAUUUAGAAAAUGAAGAUCAGCAGAAUGUGAACAACCCAAAUAGAUAUAAGAAAAAGUUCAGGGAAUCUAAAAGUAAAUUAACUGGCAGAGUUCUUCUUAGAGCAACCAAUAAAAGACAGAUUACUAGUAUUUUGCAAGCAGAUACAUUAUGGGGUAUGGGAAUCACAGGUGCAGGAAUAAAAGUAGCUGUUUUUGAUACUGGUCUUUCCAAAAGCCAUCCACAUUUUAGACAAAUUGUGGAGCGUUCGGAUUGGACUCAUGAAAAGAGUUUAGAAGAUGGCUUAGGUCAUGGCACCUUUGUUGCUGGACUCAUUGCAAGCAGUAAAGAAUGCCUUGGACUUGCUCCUGAUGCUCAAUUACAUAUUUUCCGAGUUUUUACUAACAAUCAGGUUUCUUAUACCUCUUGGUUUUUGGAUGCCUUUAAUUAUGCUAUUUUAAAGAAAAUCAAUGUACUUAAUCUUAGUAUUGGAGGGCCAGAUUUUAUGGACCAUCCAUUUGUUGAUAAAGUAUGGGAACUCACAGCUAAUCGAGUGAUAAUGGUUUCAGCCAUUGGGAAUGAUGGUCCACUUUAUGGAACGUUAAAUAAUCCUGCAGAUCAGAUGGAUGUUAUAGGAGUUGGUGGAAUCAACUUUGAUGAUCAGAUAGCUAAAUUUUCUUCUCGAGGAAUGACUACCUGGGAGCUGCCCCAAGGAUAUGGGAGACUGAAACCAGACAUAGUUACUUACGGCUCAUCUGUUAGAGGUUCCAGUAUUAACGGUGGAUGUAGAACCCUUUCUGGUACAAGUGUAGCAUCCCCUGUUGUAACUGGAGCUGUUGCAUUAUUAGCAAGUGGUGUACUUCACCGUGGUAAUGCUAUUAAUCCAGCUAGCAUGAAACAGGCUUUGAUGGCUUCUGCCCGUAGACUCCCUGGCAUUAACAUGUUUGAGCAAGGGCAUGGUAAAUUAGAUCUUUUAAAAGCAUAUCAUAUACUGAACAGUUACACUCCACAGGCUAGUUUAAGCCCAAGCUAUAUAGACUUGGGUGAAUGCCAAUAUAUGUGGCCUUAUUGUACUCAGCCUUUGUAUUAUGGAGCAAUGCCAACAAUAGUUAAUGUUACUGUAUUGAAUGGUCUUGGUGUGACUGGACGUAUUGCAUCAAAACCCCUAUGGUAUCCCUACAUUCCUCAGAAUGGUCAUUAUUUAGAGGUUUCUGUUGUUUAUAGUAAUGUUUUAUGGCCUUGGUCUGGCUGGUUAGCAGUAUAUUUGAGUGUAUCAAGUAAUGCAGCCGAUUAUUCAGGUACUGCCCAAGGACACAUUGAACUUACAAUUGAAUCUCCAUCUGAUUAUGGUGACUUGGCUUCUAAAAUUUCUCUUGCGAAAUUGCCUAUAAGGGCAAAUAUUAUACCAACUCCUCCUAAACAGAAAAGACUCUUAUGGGAUCAGUUUCACAACCUCAGAUAUCCUCCAGGAUAUUUCCCUAGGGAUAAUUUGCGAAUGAAAGUAGACCCAUUAGAUUGGAAUGCUGACCAUAUUCAUACUAAUUUCAAGGAUAUGUAUACUCACUUGAGAGCUUCAGGUUAUUAUAUUGAAGUAUUGGGAGUUCCAUUUACUUGUUUUGAUGCUUCUCAGUAUGGUACUCUUUUAAUUGUUGAUCCUGAAGAAGAAUUUUUUCCUGAGGAAAUUGCGAAACUAAAAAGAGAUGUUGACUCUGGUUUAUCAUUGAUUGUUUUUGCUGAUUGGUAUAAUGUGACUGUUAUGAAAAAAGUAAAAUUCUUUGAUGAAAACACAAGGCAGUGGUGGAUGCCUGAUACCGGAGGUGCCAACAUCCCUGCUCUUAAUGAUCUUUUGUCUUCUUGGAAUAUUGUGUUGGGGGACGGAGUGUAUGAAGGAGAGUAUAGCCUUGCUAAACAAAUCAUAACAUAUGGCUCAGGAACACACUUAAUCAAGUUUCCAGCAAAUGGGAUUACUUUAGCAGCAUCACUUUUUAAUGAAGGUUCAAAAAUAAUUGGUGGAAGAUCCUUCAGAGAAAAGGUUCCUAUUCUAGGUUUAUUUCAAACCCAAAACAGUAUCAGCAGUGGACGAAUAGCUGUUUAUGGAGAUUCCAAUUGUAUUGAUAAUAGUCAUUUGCAAAAAGAUUGUUUUUGGCUUUUGGAUGCCAUACUUGAAUAUACAACGAGUGCUCAUAUUCCUUCAUCAUUUUUGCAAAAUCAAUUUAAAAUAACUGAGGAAGUUAAAUAUUACCCACAAAGGAUGGAAGGAAAUCAUCUUUAUAGGUAUUCAAAAGUAUUAGUAAAUCAUGUGGUUGACACUGGCAAGUUGAUGAUAAGAGAUUUACCUCCGUGUCCUCAUUUAAUUUGGGCCUUUCCAAACCCUUUAAAUAAAUCAGCACCAACAAACCUGUAUAAGUCACAGAAGCUCUUAUCAGUUCAAGUUGAUGCUGAUCUUCCAGUUUUCAGCCACGACAGUAAAGCUUGGUUUCCAACUGCUGAAUAUAUUGAUCAUGAUGACAUAGACCUUUUCCCCAUAUUAAUGAUAUUAAUUACUGUCCCUUCUGUGCUUUUUAUUGUAUAUAGAUAUUUCUUUCUUAGAAAGAGGCCUAGGAGAAAAAGAAGUAAUAAAUUAGGAAGAUUCUUAUCAAUGCUUAAAGUGCCAAAUGUCUAAUAAAUAAAAUUUGUUUCAUGCAAAUUAAACUUUGUAUAGAUAAACUGAUUGUUAUGUUAAAACAGAUAAAAUACACAUGGAUGAAUUCAGAUGAAGAGCUUGUAAUGGAAUUUUGACAUUUGUACAGGAUAUUGUUAUAGUGACCAGGAAACUUUUUCUUGAGAUAAGUUUUUUGUGUCCUUUUUUAGUUUUAUUCAUUUCCUUUGAUCUAUGUUUCAGGUAAUCAAGCUAUAAUGAUUUUGUUUGCUAAAUUCUGUAUUCUUUUCAAAUAUUUAUUAUUUUAUUUAAUUGACUGAUAAUUAAAAUUUACAAUCAUGUCAUUAUGUCAUUCUAUAUCCAUAUCUAUGUGCCUUCUAAGAAUGGAAGCUGUUGAGCUGUAAUGCUGAUUGAUUGUACCUAGAAAGAAAUGGUCUGGGAGUUAAUCAGAAAGAACAACAAAUUGUAUUAGAGUAAAUAGUAACUAUCUAUUGUUGAUGUAUCAAUCCAUCUUGUUGAUACAUCGAGCAAGUCUAAAAAGAAAGAUACUGAGAAGAUAAUAAUUCACAAAAGAAAAAGAAAAAAAUUAAUAUAGUAAAAUAAUUAUUAUAAAAUAAUGAUUAAAAGUAAUAACAGUAUUAGUAACAUAAUAGUAAUACAUAAUUAUAAUGUUAAUAGAUGAAACAAUUAUAAUGAAAAAGUAAUUACUGAUAAUGUAAUGGGUGAUGAAUAAUAAGAAAAAUAACAAAUAUAAUAAGUAAUACAUGAUAUAUAAAGAUAAAAUAUAAAUACAAAUAUUGUUGUAAUACAAAACAAUGGCUAAUAAAAUGAAAUACAAGGAAACUGAACACAAGCGGGUAUAUAAAAUGGUUUUUUUUUUUUUUUUGUCUCUUUUAUUUUGUUUCAUACAUUAUAUCUUUGUCAAUCGUUUAUCGCUAUAGUUGUUGUUACCCGUUACUUUACAAGUUAAUACUUUUUCUGUUUAACUGUUUUCUUCUGUCUUCUGGUUUCAGUGUUCAGUUUCUAACAAACUCUGACGAAGUUUCUAUUAAAUAAUUUUUAAUGAAAUUUUAUUUUUCUCAUUUUCAAAUCCAACAGGCACCAUAGGUGUUCUAUAGCAUUUAUGUCCGGACACUGGUGGCGUUUUCAAUUGGCUGGGGACAUUGUACAGCAUCCAUUCUUUUGUUUUAUUUGGUGAGUGCUUGGCGUCAUUGUCCUGUUGGAAGAUAAAUGCAUCUUUAAUCCUCAGAUUUUUGGCUCUUUUAUUAAACUAUGUCGCAAAAUGUCGACAUAAUGUUUGCCAUUAAUAAUAAUGUCAAUGAAAGUUAAGUUUCCAAUACCGUUCCAUGACAUACUCUCCCAAUCCUGGACACUUCCACCUUGGUAUAUUAUAGGAGGCCUCACAUGUCGAUUUUGAAACUCAGUGUCAAGUUUCUGCCGAACAAACUUGUGAUCAUUUGAAUGGAAUAUGUUAAACUUACUUUCAUAUGAAAAGAUGAUAUUUUUCUAGAAUUCUAGGUCUUUAUUAAAUUAACUUUUGGCAGACUCAAGUCUUUUUUUUUUUGCAGUUCACCUCUGUACUAAAAGGUCUUUUAUUAAAGGUCAUUUUAUUGAAGUAAAUGUGGCCUCUUCUGCUAUCUGGGCGGCUGAUAAAGUGUCAUUUUGCUCAACAAUUCGAUGUAUAUUCCUUUGUGCCCUCUCAUUAAAUUUUUAUUGCCGCUCUGAACAGGGUAUGUUUAAAACUUUCUACACUCCUGUACAAUAUUUUUAACACUGCUAAAACCAAUUUCUAAUUUAUUCGCUAUUUGUCCAUAUUUAAGUCCACUAGUUGUAAUUUAAUGAUGUGUUUUUUUAAACUGUCACAAUAUUCACUAGUUUUACUCAUUUUUUUAUGGAAAAUAUACAGCAAAGACUGAUUUUUAUUAUUUUCAUUGUACUAUCUUCAAUCGCCGUUUCUACUUUUUUGAAAGGAAAAGUAUUAAUUUGUUUUGACUGUAACUAAUAGUAAACAUUUAAAACAGUGCCAAUACUUUUUUGACCCUCAAAAUUCACUCUUUAUGUUUGCUUUAAACAUAUUUUUUGAAUUCUGAACAUUCAUUGAUUCUAGAAUAUAAUUCUGAAAGGCCUCUUUGUUAUAUAAAUAUUAUUUCUGGAAAAUAUCUUAAUCCUAUUGAGAUUUGCAGAAAAAAUGGAAUGUGCCAAUACUUUUUUGAUCCACUGUAUAUACAAUUUCCGUUAUUUCUAUUAUUCAUUAUUUUGCUAUUUUUUACUUUAUCAGUAUAUUGGUUCACAAGUUUUUUUUUUUUUUUUUUUUUUUUUUUUUUUUUUUUUUUUUUGUGUGUGUGUUUGCCAAAUAUUGCUUUAUCAUUUUUAACAUUUAUUAUUUAUAAAUUUUUCUUUGCUCAUAUUGAUAUUUGUAAUUUUAUAUUUCACAGUGUAAUGAUUCAUCAGUUCACUAUAUUCAUUUUUUCUCAGUUAUUAUUUCAGAUACCAUUAUAUUUUAUCUUUAAAAAUGAUUUAUAAAUUUUUCUAUGCCUAUUUUCAUGAUAGUAAUUAAAUAUAUAAUUUUUUAUUUAUCUUUCUUAUUCUAUUUAUCUAGCUCAGAUGCAGACCUACAAUGUGGGUUGAAACAUCAGCAUUUAAUAAAUAGUUACUGAAAUUUAUUGUAAUUUCUAAUUGACAUUGGACCAUCUCCUAGAUUUACUGUAAGGUCAAAUAUGAACACUUAAGAUUACUAUUUACAUUUAAAAUUAAAUUUACAAUGUAGAAAGUUCAUUGAUAGGUCUUCUAUUUACUAUUUCUGGCUUAUACCAUAGCAUUUUUUUUUCUUUAGAUAUUUUGUUACACAAUAUGGUAUUUUAUUAUUUAUAAAAUAUAAAAUUGUUAAAAUACUGCGUAUAAAAUUUAUUUAAGUUGUUACUGAAUUCCCCGAGCUUAAAACUAUACUAACCUCUUUUUCAUUGGUAAUUUAAUUUUUUAAAUAGUUGUUUUGUAAAUUUUCAGGGUUGUAGCUUGAAAAAUAUUUCAUUAGUUUAAAGUAGUAGUGUUAACCAUAGAGGGAAGUAUUUGUUUAACAACAAUAUUUACAAUCACUAUAUAAACUAAUAAGUUUUAAUUUGGUUUUCUAUAGAUGCAUUUGUCUUUAAUCAUAUCAAAAUUUCUUUUCUGAUUGGUUCCUAGUGUCUGAGGGGUAUUUUAAUCUGUUAUUUGUUUCAUUAUAUUCUCAUUUUGUUUGUAAAUUUGUAAAAAUAAAGUGAACAAUGAUGUACUUCUUUAAUAAAUUUAUUUAUAAUAGUUUUC